GCAGCUGCCCACAGGGAAGCUUGAGGACGAGUCACGUGACACCGCUCUGCCCAUUAAUACGUGACAUGGGCGGGGUCGACAUCGAUGUGAUUGACAAGACAAGCCAGCCAAUAAGUGCCAGUAUCUGCCGACUUAGUCUUGUUGCUAGGCUGUGAGGCUCCGCCCCUGCAGCAGUCUGACAGGAGCUGUAUGUAGUUCCGGCUGGCGGGCGGCGGAUUGAUUGCUCAGGAUCCGGGCAGAGAAAUGGUGGCCCCCGGCUGAGAACCGCGCACCCGUUACUAGCCAUGAAUAGAGCCCAGGGGAGCCAAGUAAAGCCCCGGGCAGGCCCUGGCACCGUGGAGGAGAACCGAACACUGCGGCGGAGGACAGUGGGACCGGAGGAAAGAGCGGGCGCCAGAGAGCAGGAUGUGGCCCCUCCGCCGGCUUCUCUGCUCUUCAGAAAAUUGAGUAACCCCGAUCUCUUCUCCUCCACGGGCAAAGUGAAGCUGCACCGCCAGCUGAGCCAGGACGACUGUAAGCUGCGGCGCGGAAGCCUGACCUCUGCACUAGCAGGGAAACAGCUGCUUCCGCUAUCCAGCAGUGUGCACAGUGGCGUGGGUCAGCUAACAUGGCAGCCACCAGGAGAGUCGUCCAACCUGGUCCGGAUGAGGAAUCAGUCGCUGGGCCAGUCUGCGCCAUCUCUGACUGCCGGCCUGAAGGAACUGAGCCUCCCCCGAAGAGGAAGCUUCUGCCGCACCAGCAACCGCAAGAGUCUGAUCGUAGCGUCCAGCACGUCUCCCACCCUGCCUCGGCCACACUCCCCGCUCCAUGGACACACAGGAAGCAGCCCCCUGGACUCGCCCCGCAACUUCUCCCCUAAUGCUGCCGCCCACUUCUCCUUUGUCCCUGUGCGAAGGACGGAUGGGCGCCGCUGGUCGUUGGCAUCGCUGCCAUCUUCCGGAUAUGGAACCAACACUCCGAGCUCAACCGUCUCCGUAAGUUCAUCCUGCUCAUCUCAGGAGAAGCUGCACCAGCUGCCAUUUCAGCCGACAGCCGACGAGCUGCACUUCCUGACCAAGCACUUCAGCACCGAGAACAUCACCGACGAGGAAGGCCGUCACUCUCCAGCCAUGCGCCCCCGAUCCCGAAGCCUCAGUCCUGGUCGAUCGCCAGUCUUAUACGAUGGAGAGAUUGUAAUGAUGAACCAUGUGUACAAGGAGCGGUUCCCUAAGGCCACCGCUCAGAUGGAGGAGAGGCUGGCAGAUUUCAUCAACGGCAAUGCCCCUGACAGUGUGCUGCCCCUGGGCGAUGGGGUCCUGAGCUUCAUCCAUCACCAGGUGAUCGAGCUGGCUCGUGACUGCCUGGCCAAAUCCCGGGAUGGGCUGAUCACCUCCCGCUACUUCUAUGAGCUGCAGGAAAACCUGGAGAAGCUGCUGCAGGAUGCCCACGAGCGCUCGGAGAGUUCUGAGGUGGCAUUUGUCACGCAGCUGGUGAAGAAGCUGAUGAUCAUUAUCGCCCGGCCGGCCCGGCUCCUCGAGUGUUUGGAAUUUGACCCCGAGGAGUUCUACCAUCUCCUGGAGGCUGCAGAAGGCCAUGCUAAGGAAGGAGAAGGCAUUAAGUCCGACAUCCCCCGCUACAUCAUCAGCCAGCUGGGGCUCAAUAGGGAUCCCCUGGAGGAAAUGGCCCAGCUGAACAGCUAUGACGACAGCAGCGCGGACACCCCCGAGACGGACGACUCUGUGGAGGGACGCAGCGCCGCUGUCAUACCAGCUAAGAAGGCGCCCUCAGAAGAAGAGUUUGAGAACAUCAAGCUGAUCAGCAAUGGAGCCUACGGGGCGGUUUAUUUAGUCCGGCACAAGGAAACGCGGCAAAGGUUCGCAAUUAAGAAGAUCAAUAAGCAGAACCUAAUCUUGAGGAACCAGAUCCAGCAGGCGUUUGUGGAGAGGGACAUCCUCACCUUCGCUGAGAACCCUUUUGUGGUCAGCAUGUUCUGCUCAUUUGAGACCAAGCGCCACUUGUGCAUGGUCAUGGAGUAUGUGGAAGGCGGGGACUGUGCCACGCUCCUGAAGAAUAUUGGCGCUCUGCCUGUGGACAUGGCACGCAUGUACUUUGCAGAAACUGUCCUGGCGUUGGAAUAUCUCCACAAUUAUGGGAUUGUCCAUCGGGACCUGAAGCCAGACAACCUUCUCAUCACCUCGAUGGGUCACAUCAAGCUAACAGAUUUUGGUCUCUCGAAGAUUGGGCUGAUGAGUCUGACCACUAAUCUGUACGAGGGGCACAUUGAGAAGGACACCCGCGAGUUUCUGGACAAGCAGGUGUGUGGUACCCCGGAGUACAUCGCCCCCGAGGUCAUCCUGAGGCAAGGCUAUGGGAAACCUGUCGACUGGUGGGCAAUGGGCAUCAUUCUCUAUGAGUUCUUGGUUGGCUGUGCCCCCUUCUUUGGGGAUACCCCAGAAGAGCUGUUUGGUCAGGUGAUCAGCGAUGAGAUUGCAUGGCCAGGCGGGGAGGAGGCUCUGCCAGCGGACACCCAGGAUCUCAUCUCCAAGCUUCUCCACCAGAACCCCCUGGAACGUAUGGGAACGGGAGGAGCGUACGAGGUCAAGCAGCAUCUCUUCUUCAAGGAUCUGGACUGGAAUGGGCUGCUCCGGCAGAAGGCUGAAUUCAUUCCUCAGCUGGAAUCUGAAGACGACACCAGUUACUUUGACACUCGCUCUGAGCGCUAUCAUCAUGUGGACUCUGAGGAGGAGGAGGAUGAUACCAAUGAUGAAGAUUGUGUGGAGAUCAGACAGUUCUCCUCCUGCUCCCCAAGAUACAGCAAGGUCUACAGCAGCAUGGAGCGGCUGUCUAUUCACGAGGAGAAGACCCCACCGCCCGCCAAGCGCAGUCUCAGUGACGAAAAGGAUGACAAACUGGAUGCCUUGGGAGGCCUGAAGAACCGGGACCGGAGCUGGGUGCUCGGAUCUCCCGAAAUACUCCGCAAGCGCCUCUCUGCCUCGGAGUCCUCCCAUACAGAGAGUGAUUCCAGCCCCCCCCUCACGGUACGCAGGCGCUGCUCAGGUCUGGUGGACAUGCCACGCUUUGCCAUCUCCACAGAAGAGGAGCCACUGGCACAGAAGAAACUACUUCAUCAGGAAAAUUCAUCCACGCAAACGUUAUUUCGGGAAGGAUCCGUUUUGCAGCAGCCGGUGGAGAGGGAGCUGAAACUGGAUGAAGAGUUAGUGCCGACUACACCGUCAUCCACCAGCAGCAACACCAGCAGCUCCACCACAUUGACUGCUGGCAGCACAGUGUCCGAUCAUAGCGGCCACAUCGCCACCACAGACACCUCCGACUUCAGCACUCCAAAAGCCAUCAGUGAUUUGGCGGUGAGGCGAGCCCGGCACCGGCUGCUUUCAGGGGACUCCAUUGAAAAGCGGACCUCUCGACCGGUCAAUAAAGUCAUCAAGUCGGCCUCAGCCACGGCCCUGUCGCUGAUGAUCCCCUCUGAUCACCAUGUGUGUUCCCCUCUGGUCAGCCCCAUGUCUCCACACUCCAUGUCCUCCAACCCAUCAUCCCGAGACUCCUCUCCGAGCAGAGAUUUCUCCCCUGCCAUCUCCCACCUGAAGCCGCCAAUCCUCAUUCUCCGGGCAGGAAAGAAGUACGGGUUCACUCUGAGAGCCAUUCGUGUUUACAUGGGGGAGAGCGAUGUCUACACGGUCCACCACAUGGUCUGGCAUGUGGAAGAGGAUGGUCCUGCUCACGAGGCUGGCCUGCAGGAAGGCGACCUGAUCACUCAUGUGAAUGGAGAGGCUGUCCAUGGACUGGUCCAUACGGAGGUGGUGGAGCUCAUCCUGAAGAGCGGGAAUAAGGUCUCCAUAUCCACCACUCCUUUUGAAAACACUUCAAUCAAAGUUGGGCCGGCACGAAAAGCGAGUCACAAGUCGAAGAUGGCGCGGCGCAACAAAAAGACCAAGACCAAAGACGGGCAGGAGAGUAAGAAGAAGAGUUCUUUGUUCCGGAAGAUCACCAAACAAGCAUCGCUCCUCCACACCAGCCGCAGCCUGUCCUCCCUCAACCGCUCCCUGUCGUCUGGUGAGAGUGUCCCGGGGUCUCCCCCCCACGUCUUGUCUCCCCGCUCUCCAACCCAGAGCUACAGGUCCACCCCAGAAUCCGCACACUCAGUUGGUGGAAAUUCUUCCCAGAGCAGCUCUCCGAGCUCCAGUGUGCCCAACUCCCCCGCCAGCUCGGCUCAUAUCCGGCCCAGCUCUCUGCAUGGGCUGGCACCAAAGCUUCAGCGGCAGUACCGCUCUCCGAGGAGGAAGUCUGCCGGUAAUAUACCACUCUCCCCUCUGGCACAUGCACCUUCACCUACAUCCCAGUCCACGUCUCCUCAGCGCUCGCCCUCCCCAUUACCCGGACACGGCCUCGGCAGCUGUAACAUCCUUCAGUCCUUUCCAGUUAAACUGCAUUCAUCACCACCACUUUCACGACAGAUCUCCCGACCAAAGAGCACAGAACCCCGGUCUCCGCUGCUGAAGAGGGUCCAGUCUGCAGAGAAGCUGUCCAGCUCUUUGUCAUCGGAGAAGAAGCUGCCUUCCUCUCGUAAGCACAGCCUGGACAUCUCCCACUCAGACUUCAAGAAGGAGCUGAUCCAGAGAGACCUGCAGUGUUUACCGGAGUCCCUGAGCGAGAGUGCCGGGGGGAAGGUCGGACUUGCAGAAAAGGGAACUUUGCAGAAACCUUCUCGGAAACUCGGUGCCAUCCGGCAUGACAGGGUGGAGAGGCGCGAGUCUUUGCAGAAACAGGAGGCCAUCCGAGAAGUGGAUUCUUCUGAGGAUGAAACCGAUGAUGGCUCCGAGGACAGUCAGGAAGGAAGGAGACCGGACAGGUCUAAGUUCAGAAGGGACCAGGAUUCUGGUUCUGGUUUUAGUGACGAGAAAGACUCUUUCCAGGCACGACCCAAGAGCAGAAGUGAUGAUGAUUAUUCCUUCCUGCCCCUCAUCUCCAGGAGUCGAAGUGAACCCAAAGCACCGUGUGCGCCCAUCCCUGACCCCGCCUCCAGUAAUUUUACUUCCUGUGCACUCAUCCUAGACCCCGCCUCCAGUGAAUUAUCCUGUGUGCCCAUCCCCGACUCCGCCUCCAGUAAUUUUACAUCCUGUGCACUCAUCCCAGGCCCCGCCUCCAGUCAAUUAUCCUCCUGUGUGCCUGCCUCUGACUCCGCCUCUAGUAAAUUUACAUCCUGUGCACUCUCUUCUGACUCCGCCUCCUGUAGGUCUAGAACACUCUCUCACACUUGCUUUGAGUCGGCUGCCCACCUCCAAACACUAAAGUAUAACGUGAAAAGUGAAGGAGCCGAGCCUCCCACUAAACCUGCCCUGGCACUGAGCCAAGAGAGAAGCCAGGAAAGCGCCAGUGAGCAGCCUGGUGAUGCCAAGCCUGGGACCAGCUGCCACCUAUCCAGUGCAGAUAGUUUAGAGGUGCUGCGAUCUACCCGCCACUCCCCACCACAGCCAGCCCUUUGUCCUGUAGCUGCUCCAGAUGCCGACGUGCAGAAUAACUCUGCGGUCAGCGACCACGCACCAUGCACUUUAGCUGCUCGUCCUAAUGGCAGCGCAGCUGCCGCCUCCUCCAAAGGGCUCAGUGAAGAAGCUGCUGCCUCCUCCAAAGGGUUCAGUGAAGAAGCUGCUGCCUCCUCCAAAGGGUUCAGUGAAGAAGCUGCCGCCUCCUCCAAAGGGCUCAGUGAAGAAGCUGCCGCCUCCUCCAAAGGGUUCAGUGAAGAAGCUGCCGCCUCCUCUCGCCCCAGCAAUGUCGCCAAAAGUGUCUUGGGGCCAGUAAAGCUACACAUACCUGGAACAAAGGAAAGUGGAGAUGUUCGUGCAAGGCAGAAGAGGCCUGAGAUUUCCCGCUCGGAGUCCAUGCAGGAGAACAUGAGGUCGGUUUGUGCAGAGGGAACGUUCCGGACAUGCUCAUCCCUGAAUGAGUGUACCAUGGCUGCCGUGUCCCAGAACAUAGACUGUCCUCCACCUGUCAGAAGCCCGUUCCAGGGCCACAGUCUGCCAGCAGCCUGCUCUCAGUCUGUUAGCAGCGGGCUGAACAAAGAGGGGAGUGAGGCCCAGAGAAGAAGCCCCCCGAACUGUCCACCCUUGCAUACAGACUCUCUGAGGAGAACAUAGCAUGGGGACUCCCGGACUCUCUCGACUUCUGGUCAGACUUCUCUUGGGACCUUUCUUUUCCUGUGUUUCCAGGAUCAUUUGCCUCAAUUCUCCCUGUUUACAGCUCUGACCUGCUGCUUGUGUUGAUACAGGGUACAGAGCAGCGGGCCCCUGUGUCCGGGCCACCUGUAGCAGAACAUUUCAAAACUUCUUGCAAAAAAAAUUUUUUAUAUUUUUUUUUCCAAAGAAGGCAUAACUCGGUGUUUACUGCCACAGGGCGAUCAGGGUCCGAGUCCCCUGAGGUUUGGUGUAGAUUUAGGGCGAUGUACGUACCCCAGCUCCCUGUGAGGACCACAGCGGGUUUGGGUUCAGCAUUUCUAGGUAGAAAAUGUUCAUAGAUUUAUUGUCUGGAGAACCCCGAUUUGUUGUGAAUGCGAGGACUUGCGACACGUUCCGGGCUCAGCUCUAGGGUGCCCUCUUAUGGUUCAGUGUGGUCACCAGAGCCUGGCCUCAUUUUUAAGGUUUUAAUAUAGACGGUACUCUCCAAUUUAAUAGAGUGACGAUCGCUGCUCCUCAUGUGACGUCUUCAUGUGCGGCCGGGAGGUCUCAUUACCCCGGGAGCUUGCUGAUAAAUGUCUAUGAUUAGAAUAUAUUCAUGUGCAUAGUACCUAACCUGUUUGCUGUGUUUGUGUUCAGACCCUUCACCGGAGAGCGGGACGCUGCACUGUUCCAUCUCUGUCCUCCGCCAUUUAAUGUUUACAGCAUGUGGAUGAGACUGGUCUGGAGCUGAGGCACCGAAAACCACUCAGGCUAUGCUAAGGCAAUAAAGGUCCAGAGCUUCAUGGGCCUCCGGGUCGUGUCUUCCUUCAGGUGUCGCAUCGUUUUCUCCCUCAUCUAUCUGGACGUUCGUUAGUUCUCAUUCACUUUAUCUGGCCAAGACCAGGGAGAUGGUGGGAGGGUGGAAUGAGGUCCUAGCACCCCCAGUUACAGCCCCCACAAGAGAUGUGGCACCUGAGAAAGACCCAAGAUGAAAUUAUUUUGAGGGGGAUUCUGUGGAGGAAGCGUCAUGUCCGGCCUCUGGUGAUCGCCUCUAUUUACAGCAGCCAAUAAACUGAUUUUUGCCUCUGC